GUCAGGACUUAAUGUUCCUAAAUUCAAAUCUGGCUUCAGAUAUUUACUAGUUGUGUGACCCUAAGUGAGCUACUUAAGCUUGUUUUCCUUCAGUUUUCUCAUCUGUAAAAUAAGUUGGAAAAGGAAAUAGCAAACCAUUCCAAUAUUUUUGUCAAGAAAACUCCAAAUGCAGUCAAGAAUUGGAUACAACUGAAGCAGGACUGAGCAACAAAAGUCACUUAACCUUUAUAUCUUAGUUUCCACAGGUAUGAGUCAUUCUCAUUAACACCACCACCAUCAUCAUCAUUUACAUAGAGCUUUCAAAUUGCACAGGGCUUUACAGUUUGCCUCACUUCUAAAGUCUCUUUCAGCUUGGAAAUGUGUGACACUCCCCUGCAUAAGAAACUUUUCCUAUUGUAGGAACUCAAAUCAUUAACAUGAGCUUUUACAAGUACUAUUUGCCUAGAUUUAGAGAGACUUCAUUUUGUAGGAGGAUGAAAAAGCUUGUGAAAGUUUUGGAAUUAACGAGUUAAAUUUUUAUGGAGUGUGCAGAAUUGUUACUUGGGGGAUCGAUUGUAAAUAAUAGGAAUUACUUGCUUAGAACUUCAGAUUUUUGACAGCACGGGCUACAAUUAAGUUCUCUCACAGUGUGGACAUUUCAUCGACUUUAAUAAUUACUUUGCGACCAAAAUAUAUGGUACUUUUAGGGUAUGUAGGGAAGGGAAGGGACGAGACUACAACUCCCAGAAAGCUCGCUUCAGGAAAUACAUUUUGUCCACUACCGGCUUGGGAAGGAGGCCCGGAAGACUACGAUUCCCAUGAUGCUCCGCAUCUCUACGACUGCGUAAAGCUUCGAGGGCCACGUCUUUCUAUCGCGGCGCCACUCUUCAAUGAUGGUCUCGGCGGAAGCUGAGCAGAUGGGGGGCGGAGGUGGUACCUUCCAACCGUACCUGGACUCUCUGCGCCAGGAGCUGCAGCAAAGAGACCCGGCAAUGCUUUCCGUGCUCGUGGCGUUGCUCGUCGUUCUGCUGACUCUAGUAUGCUGGAAACUCAUUCGGAGCAGGAAGAGCAGUCGAAGGGCUGUACUUCUGGUUGGACUUUGUGAUUCAGGGAAGACGCUCCUUUUUGUCAGGCUGUUAACAGGACUUUACAGAAAUACCCAGACAUCUAUUACUGAUAGCUCUGCUGUGUACCGAGUCAACAACGACAGGGGAAAUAGUUUGACUUUGAUUGAUCUCCCUGGUCAUGAGAGCUUGAGGCUUCAAUUCUUAGAGCGGUUUAAGGCUUCAGCCAGAGCAAUUGUGUUUGUGGUGGAUAGCGCAACAUUCCAGCGGGAGGUAAAAGAUGUAGCUGAAUUUCUGUAUCAGGUCCUUAUUGACAGCAUGGUAUUGAAGAAUGCACCAUCUUUAUUGAUAGCCUGCAAUAAGCAAGAUCUCACAAUGGCAAAAUCUGCCAAGUUAAUUCAACAGCAGCUAGAAAAAGAACUUAAUACCUUGCGAGUUACCCGUACCGCUGCCCCCAGCACACUGGAGAGCUCAGGUGCUGCUAUUACUCAGCUUGGAAAGAAGGGCAAAGAAUUUGAAUUCUCUCAAUUGCCGAUGAAGGUGGAAUUUUUGGAGUGCAGUGCCAAGGGAGCUAUGGGGGACGAUGGCUCUGCUGACAUCCAGGACUUUGAGAAGUGGCUGGCUCGGGUGGCCUGAAGAGGCAGAGCUGGAACAGAACAGAAGUCUGACCCUAACACAUAUAAAGGGGUGGGUUAGUAGUGAGUUGAAAAGGGGUGAAAAAUAUAUUGAAAUGUUUGUUUAUUGUGGAAAGAAAUUAUUGUGAGGAUAUUAAGGAUAAAUGUACUGUAACCAGCUUGGGGUUUUUUAAAGGCCGCCUAGCUUCCUUUUCAAAUAAUUCAGCUCUUCUUUAUCAUCCCAUUGCCAAGUACAAUGGUUUUCAUUUCUGCCUUGGAUCUGUAAUAGAGAUUGUAAAGUUUUAGUUUAUUCUCAGGAAAGAUAAAGGACUUUGCUAUCUCCAUCAGACUCCAAAUAGAAAGGUUUAUUACUUAAGCAUUUUUAUAUCAAGAAGAGUUUUCAUCCUUUCUGAUUUGAUGUUUUCUUGUAGUUUUACUCUGGAAUCAGAUGUAUCCAUUUAUGAAGCCUAAUUAGUUGCAGAUUUCUCUUGCUUUUUAUCCUCUCUCAUCUCCCUUGGUUUUUCUUAAGCAGUCUCAACUGUGUGCUCACAGUUCACAAUUUUUCAUAGCCUAUAACAGUAUGAUUCUUGGAUUGGCUAAAUUCAUUGUGACAGAACCAGUCAGAGCCACUUUCAUAGAAUACUGGAUUAUGUCUUACUUUGCUCCCUUAAUUUUAUUAAAACUAAGUGAUGAACAAAUAGCAGAUUCUUAGCAAAGUUUUUUGGGGUGCAAGCUCAACAGUGUUAAAGAAUAUCUAUGUUUUUGUAAUGAAAUUGUUGGUUUCUUACAUUUGUGGUUUUUAAAUGAUACAUUUUUUGGUAAAUAAUAUGACCAGCAUGGACUUCAGCAGGCAUGUAAGAGCAUGAUGAGACCCAAGGUCAUGUUGAUUCUCUGUUACCUUUGUUAGUUUUCAGUUAACAGACUGCCUCGAAAAACAGCUCAGUCUGUACACCUUACUGGUAGGUUAGCAGUGCCGUCUCUGUAUAUGAAAGACCAACAUUAUUAUUAGGAAAGAGUAAAACCUGGAACUGACAAGGACUUUUCUUAUGUCUCAUGUCAGGAUUCUGAUUUGAGCGUCUCUCUACUGCUAAUAUUUAGUCUUAUGGAUGGCCUUUGCUAGCAGUAAUAGCAGCUUAGGGAAACAAAAGUAGGGAAAAAAACCAAUAAAAAGAAAUUUAAUGUGGUCAUGUAUGUCAUUAUAGCUUCCUUGUUUAAUGUUUGUGCAAUGUAGCAAAUUAAAAAGUCACUGUGACCUAACAUGGACCCCCAAGUGGAGGAGAAGUAUUCAAGCAGUUACUUGAAAAACCUGUUAAAUGACAUAUUUUCUCAGUCUAUUUUCUUUCCCACAAAAUUUCCCAUUUAGUUUCAUUCUGUUUCUUGGUUUAUUUAUUUUUUUAAUUAUGUGUUAAGCCAGUAUUUCACCCCUUUAACAGAACUAAUAGAAUGUCACAACAAAGGCUGUUUAAAGAAGGGCAGAAAAACUGGUUAUUUAUGACAUAAACUAAUUCACAGUGUGGAGAGAGGAAAUCUGCAAUGAGUAUAUACUGCCAUUAGGAAUGUGUCAUUUGAGGGAUUUUACAAACAAAGAUUUUGAAAGCAUUUUAUAAACAGUAAUUUAAAAAUAUCUUCAUAUUUUUCCAGUGGAGAAAGCAUAAAAUAUAUUAAUUGAAUGACUUAGAGAAUUAUCUCUAUAGGAUCAAACAGUCAGACUUUUUAGUAUGCUGUUAAAAUAUGUUGUAUCAUUGACUUACCUGUUUUGGAGCAGCCUGUGGCUAUGAUGUUUGGUCCUUGGGACCCUUGAAACAAUUUUCAUAAAGUAAAAGCAAAGAAUUCAAAUGUU